GCUGAGUAUCCUUUUUAAAAAAAAAAUGAAUGAUUAGAACGUGUGACACGAUGUAGAGGUGGAUGGAGACAAGUUUUCCUUCUCCGGAAGGGAGCUUGUAGGGGAGAAGGGAGAACUCGGUCCAGACUGUCUUCUAAGGUUCCUUACGCCCGGCGCUGCAGCUUCCGAAAGCCGCCUAUGCUUGCUAGGCGCGACAGCCCUGAGCGCCCAGACCCUCUGCUCCCCUGGCCCAGGCUGGCAGGGGAGAAGGAAGCUGCUGUGAUGUCACAGCUGCAUUGCCCUCUCCCCCUUCUCCUACAGGCGCUCCAACUGUGUCAUCCAUCUGUGCUGCGCGAUGCAGGUGGAGGCUCUGCCGCCGAGGUCUAGACAGGCAGACUGCCUCUCCUGUGCCGAUUGAAGGGGUGUAGUUUGCAAAGUGUACCUGAGUUGCAAUUUCUGAGCAGUUCUGUCCAGGUGACCGUACCCAGGUUAUGACGACUAAUCCAAAACCAAACAAAACAUUAAAGGUCAAGGAGGAGUCGGGAGAGAACGCCCCGGUGCUCAGUGACGAUGAACUCGUGUCGAUGUCUGUGCGGGAGCUGAACCAGCACUUGAGAGGUCUGACAAAAGAGGAGGUCAUCCGCCUGAAGCAGCGGCGGCGCACGCUUAAGAACCGGGGCUACGCCGCCAGCUGCCGCAUCAAGCGUGUGACGCAGAAGGAGGAGCUGGAGAGGCAGCGGGUGGAGCUGCAGCAGGAGGUGGAGAAGCUCGCCCGGGAAAACAGCAGCAUGAAGCUAGAGCUGGACGCCCUGCGCUCCAAGUACGAGGCGCUGCAGACCUUUGCCCGCACCGUCGCCCGGGGGCCCAUCACUCCGACCAAAGUUGCUGCCACCAGCGUCAUCACCAUCGUGAAGUCGGCAGAAAUCUCGUCUGUUUCUGUGCCAUUUUCAGCAGCCUCCUAGUGUCCAAAGUGGCAGAACUAGCAGCCCUUUUGGAAGGGAGAGUAGGAUCUUGUUGAUGGGUUUAGGAGCCUGCCUUCCUGAAAGAUCAGCAAUCCAUUUUCUCCCCCAAAGCUACCAAGUGGACUCUGCAAAGGGGGAAACUAAUGGGCUGUUCUUGCUGGGCACUUCAGGUUCUGUCAAGCUGCUUGUGGCUGAAAUGGGAAUGCCAUAUCAAGUAGUAGGUAUUGCACGAGGGGUCUUGCACAACUCCUCCUCACAGCCUCUUUAAGUCCAAGGCAGUUCCCCAGUCGAGAGAAGACAUCAGGGUAUUCUCCAGAACAUUUUGGAGUGAAACUGAACCACUCAGAAACGGAUGGCCUGGCAGAAUUGACAGGCAAGUUGAAUAAAUGAAGAACAGCCUCUUCCUUCUUUCAGAAAAAAAAUAUAUGUCCGAUCGUAGUCAGCUUUAUGUCAGUCACAGAAUGGGCAAUUGGCUCUGGAGCAGCUUAUGCUGAGAGUUCAUCAGAAUGUCAUAGAACAAUGUCUUAUCUCUCCAGUUAUGGAAACACCUUUACAGGUGAAUUUCCACCUUUGGUGUGGUUAUCUCCCCUUCCCUUUGCCGUGUGGCUUAGCAAACAGAGCAGUAUCUACAAUGCAAAAAUGUCUCUCUAGCUACUUCCCCACAAUGUGCCUGUGAGUCAGAUGUCUUUUUAAAAAUGUAGUCUUGUUACUUCUAAAUCAAUAUUCUCUCUCUCUCUCUCUCUUGCUUUCUCUCUCUUUCUCAUAACAAUAACUAUUAGAUCUAGACUGAACAACGCUGCAGAGAAAAGGAAAUGGGAAAGUGUUAAGAGUGUGGGGAUGUGGGUGGGCUGUAAAAAAGAGAGAGAUACUGUUAACGGCAGGAAGCCCGUGCUCUGACAAGGUGUUCUCUUACAGGGUCUGCUAAAAGGCCUGUAAAGCAGAAGCAUGCAGGAGAAGACAAGAAAGUUUCACGUAAGAGACAGAAACAAGUGUGACAUCAACACAAAGCCUUAACAUAACCUCUUUCUGACUUCACAAGAGCUCUUUUUGGUGCUCUUUAAUGUCAAAAGACAACAUAUGGCAAAGAUGAGUGAGUGAUGAAAACAAAGAGCAGUGUUCUUGGACGAGCUGCCUAGUAGAUGUAAAUAUCUACAAGGGAACAGAUCCUUGGAGAUAAUCUCAAGACCAGGGCAUAGAUGAAAUGUUGCCAAGGAAUGCAAGAAGGUUUGAAAAUGCAAGAAGGUUUCUUUCUCAAGUAAUUGCAAAGUUGGGACAGGGGAUGGGUGGAGAAAUGUGUUUCGUGGAUCUGAGACAGGAAGGAUUAGAGCUGAUUGGUUCGUGGUGGGGAGGGCAGAAGAGGACUUGGGAGGUGGGGUGGAAGAGUGGAGGGAGAGGAAAGCAGAGAUUUUUGAAUUUAGUGGGGAAAGAGAGGAGUUAAAGUUUGUAAAUGAGUUUGUAAAAUCCAAGGAAGUAAGGAAAAGCAACAGGUUUUCGGAUUAAAUGAAAAGGAAGGACCUCGUACAAGUUGAUUUAAGCUGUGCCUGCAAGACAAGUAAUCUUCCUCUUCCUUAGCAAAAGGUACUCCUUUAAGGUUCCCAAAUAAAAAGAGGGAGGACCCUGAGGCUUGGAGCCAAAAUGCCCCAUGUGGCAACACUUUAGAUGGCCUGCACCAUUUUAGACUGCUGGUGUAAGAUAGGACCUUUUGAAUGCUGCCUCCUCACCAGAUACUCGACACAUAAGCCCCAAGUAAGCUUACCAGAAUAAAAAAGCUACCCUGGAAUUUCUCCCUGACUUGCUCCUUUUGGAGGAUGGCAUCCUUUUACAGGGAAGAAGCUCUGUUUUGCACAUUAUGCACCACUCUGUAUAUUGAUAACAGGGCUGGAGAACUUCGAAAACAGAGCUGAACCAUUGCAUAUUGCCGGUGGGGCAAUCUGUGACGUGGAUUUGAACCAGGGCGGGCCAGUGAAGAUGCUGGUGGCGAUUUAAACCUUGUGUGUGUUCCCAGAUAGCCAAUUCCAACUUUACUCUUACUCUAUGUGUGCAUUUGCUGCUGCAGGAGUGAUACUCUGCCUGACACACCACUGCUUGACAUUAUCAUUGAUGGUGGUAAGCAGAAACCACACUCCCUUUAGUGGAGUUAGGAACACGGAUGGUAUAUCGCCCAUGGCAGUUGGGUGCAUGUACAGGGCAGAUCCUUUACCAACACUGCCGCUAACACCUACUGUGUCUACACUCAAUAAGAGUUAGCAGGGUUGCACACUUGCAGCACCCGCAAGGAAAAUAAAACAAAAACCAAGUCAUCUAUUCAAGACUUAAAUUCCUACCAGCCCACUGUUCUGGUGGCUUAUUUUCUGAGUCUUGAGAUGUGACUUUUUUUUAGGAUUACCUCAUUUCUUUCCAGGCCUCACAUUACCCUCUAGAAGCCAAGCUGAUGUCCUGUGUUUUAACCCAUGCCUUUUUUGACCCCCUCAGCAAAGGUUGAGGAAGAAAAAAAAAUCACACAAUAUUGCUCUUAUUUCCUGUAAAAAAUUAUUUUGGAAAAUGCCCUGGAUCUCUGCAAGCUUCUCGAGUUCUUAAAGCAGAGAAAGGUUUUAGAUAAUUUGCACUGUUGGAGCUUUGGAAAACAAAUAAGGCUGGCCAUUGUGGGCUUAAGGAUGCCAGGAUGCUUCAUAACCUCCCCCUGCCCCACCCCAGAAUUUAUUCUCGAGAAGGAAACCGCUGCGCACAGCUCAGGACCAUCUCAUAGCUGAGCAAUGCGGAAUUUGUGGCCCUCCAGAUGUUGCAGGACUACAGCUCCCACAAUCCCUCACUCGUAGCCUUGUUGGCUGGGGCAGAUGGGAAAUGGUGCUCAACCACAUAUGUAUGGCCACAGGCUCACUGUCAUAGCCAGAACCCUGAAAACGAGAGAAUAGUGUUAACCUCUGUUUCAUCAUAGAGAUAACGAAAGACUAGACUUGCUCAAAAGCUGCCAUACGAAGGGCAUCACCAAUAGGAGCUCCUACGUUGACUCCAGAAAUUGUUCUGUACAGGCUGUGCCCAGUUGACCCCCAUACAGGGCUAGAGUCCCAUAGAUGUGCAGCUCUUGGGUUUCCUUGAAUGUGUUUCAUGGGGUUUCCUUUCAGAAUAAGAACAGAGACAGACAUUUUCUUGAGUAGUGUUUCUUUGCAACUGAGUAAUCACCUGCCUCCCUCAGUUCUAGGAAAGUGGGCCAGAGGUGCAGGCAAGCAAUUGCUGAUUUUAGAAAAGAAACUGGUAGGAGACGCUCCAACAACAAUCUAACUGAAACUGUGUUUGCAGUCAGCGGAAUUAAGGCUUCAGCCUUAGGGUUUAGCUCUUAGCAGCUGUGUGUUUACCACCAGCUAGUUGCUGCUUACUCUCCCCAUAGGGUAGUUGCUAGAAAACCUUUUCCUCCAUAGGUGGUCUGCAGGCACAUGAAGCAUCUAGAAUUUCCGUGGAUAAUACGAUAAUCUCUGAGGGAGUGACCUCAGCCUGAUCUCUGCCGCUAAUUUGAGAACUAAGAGCAGCUUCUGUGGGGCAAAGUGACAUCAAACAACCCAACCAACACCAGGACUACGUACCUUUGUAAUUUGAUCAGGAGCAAGAGGCCGAAGGCAUUAUUAAAGCUGUCGUUACCAUAGCCAUGGUAGGUAAUCCAUAUUGGAUAUCAUUUAAGGACCAUGUGGAAAUAUGUGAGAGACACACUUAUAGAAACAUAUAUAAAUAUAUAUAGAUAUAUAUAUAAUAAAUGCAUAAUUAUAUACAUUUUAUCGUACAGAUUUUUUUGUAAAA